AUGGUGCAGGUGUUCUUUGAACUAUGUGGCAUUUCUGUUUGUUUACUACAUAAGGGUGCUAAAAUCUACCUUCUAAAUCUAGCAGCUGCUGAUGUGGUCUUCCUUGUGCACCUCCCUUUCUGGGCUCAGACCAUCAGAAAUAAAUACAGCUAGUCAUUUGGUACUUCCUUUGUCAUAGCACCAAACACAUCUAUCAAGAUGAACGCAUACACCACCAUCUUAUUAGUGGCAAUCAGCAUGGAUUGCUAUUUAGUUUUCAUUCAGACCCUGAAGCAGAGGGAAACUAAAAGUAAUGCUCAGGCUAAAGCAAUCUGUCUGCUGGCCUGGGUCUCUAGAAGUCUGAGCAAUAUAACAUUUAUGUUUGGUCUGAAAUAUCUACAAGACUUGAAUAUCUUCUCCUGCACCCUAGUCUUCCCCAGCAAACUAUGGGAAACAACUGCUCACCUGACAUUAAACAUCAUGGGGUUUGCUUUGCCAUCUAUAACAAUCAUCUUUAACUGCCCAUCGUUCAUCCUCUAUGAGAAAACACAAGAGUCAAGGGACCACAAGGACACAACAGCCACCAUGCUGAUCUUCACGGUUGUGCUUACAUUUCUUUUCUGCUGGACUAUCACAUUUUUGUUUUCUUACUGA